AUGUUAGCUCUUUUAUACUCAAUUUUAGUUGGUUCAGGUGAUCUGAAGGCUGGAGAUGUAGUAUGGGCUCCUUAUCGACGUUUUCCAGAGUGGCCAGCCUUGAUCCGCUGUGUAUACCCUAAAAAAGUUACUUAUACAUUUCUGCCAACUGAUGAAAGUUCGAAUUUGAAGUCAUCGAUUUUCAGUUGUCCACCCCAUAAGCUUCGGCUUUUAACUGGCAAUGAGCCUCUGCCGGCUGGAGCAAAAAAUGAUAUGAAAGAAGCUUAUAGAGCUGCACUCGAUAUACUCAAAAAAAAUGGUCUUUUGAGUGCUGAUCAUCAAAUGUCAGAAGAACAAGCAGUUUCAAAAAUAAAUGAAGUCGGCAGAGAAAAUCUGUUGGUUGAUCUUGUGAAAAAAACCACGAAAGAAAGUGAUGCAGCGAGUUGUCACGACUCAUCCAGUAACACUGUUGUGCCUCAAGUUUGGAGUAUUGGUGAGGUCGUCUGGCUCAACACUCCUAAUCAUUCGGAGUGGCCAGUUGUGAUUCGGGAACUCAAAAAAAAAUUUGCGAUGGUCGAUUCCUUUCCGUUGAAGUUUAAUUGCAAACCUGAGCGUUAUCCGUUAAGCGCUUGUCAUAAAUUUGAAUUAGUGGGCAGAAACCUUGAAGCUGCUGUUAAAAAAGAACGAAACUGUGAAUUGCGAAUGGCUCUUCAAAGCGUUAUGAAAUAUUUCAAACGUAGAGAACAGAUGAAGUAUCCCGGGAAAUCCGAUACAGAGGAUGAGGAAGUUUCAAAGAUUGACGACGAAGGUAGUUUGCAUCAAGAACAUGAAAGAAAAGAGAGAAGUACUACUUGUAGUGGUUUUGGUGAGGUAAAAUGCGCUGAAAAUCUGACAGAAAUGAAGGCUGCUGACUUGUUGGAAGAAUGCGAUACUAAACAAGAUGGCAAGUGCAAAAGACGUUUGAAUAAAUCCCCAUCACCUAUUAUAAAGAGGCAGAAAUUUUCUGAUGUUAUGAAAGACUUGGAAAAUGAAUUAACUCAGAAAUUAGAGAAUCUCGGCAAAGGGGAUUUAGCGUGGAUUAAUCGCGCUCGAAGUGGUCGUAUCGUCAAGUGGCCCAUUCUUAUUUUGAGAGUAGAUAGUGCCAACAAGUCAUGUGUUUGCACUGAGCUGCCAUUGGAUGCGAUGUCAGGCGACUCAGAAUGGUGUUUAAACUCGGAAAAAACUCGUGUGGUACAGCUCAAAAGUAUUUAUUUAUAUGACACUGUGGAAGCAAAAGCUGAUGAGAUUGAAGACGAGGAACUGAAAGCAGCAAUUCAGCAAGCUGACGAAAUUGCUGAAGGCAGUUAUCGUCCUUUUGAUGAUGAACAAACAAGUUUUGAUAAAAAUGGAAAUUUAAAUGUGCGUGAGAAUGGAUGUAAAGUUGCAUCAAGCAAUGUUUUGGUUCCAAAAGAAAUCUUACGGUUGUGUAAAUCUGAAAUGUGCGCAAGGCAUUUGAUGGCGAUUUGGACUGGACAAUUCACGUGCGCUCGACAUUCUGCUUAUGAACCACCGCCUAAUGCACCAUUAAACUUUGAAUUACAUAUUGGCUAUUUUCUUAAUCUCUAUUCCCUCAUUACACUUUUCACAUAUAUUUUCGUUGCAGGGGAUUUGAUAACAGAAGCAGAUGCGAUUUCUUUGGUCGAACAUUUGGAUGCAACUGUUUCUAAAUUCAAAGAUGCGAUGAAAUCUUCUUUACGACGCCUUCAUUACGUUACUACAGUUGCUUUACCGGAAGCUGUUAUUUUUGCAAUAACACAGAUUCGCUAUUGUUCUGGUAGUGAAGCAAAUGAAAUUUUCGAAAAUGCGUUGAUCAAAGUGGAAGAGAAAACACCUAGCGAACCAAGCGAUGAAAUAGGUGCUACAACGGGGUUCGAACAGCUUCUGAAAGCUGCGUCGAAACAAUUAUUGAUUUUUUUCGAAUAUUUCAGUUCAGCAAUGGUUUUAGUUUGUGGAAAAAAAGUGAAAAUUGUUAAGAAGCACCCUCGGCGCUUUACCAGACAUGAGUCUGAUCGGUAUCAUCGUUUACGACCUAAUUGGCGGAAACCGAAGGGUAUUGACAAUCGCGUCAGAAGAAGAUUCAAGGGUCAGCGACGUAUGCCGAAAAUUGGGUAUGGCAAUGCAAAACUAACGCGACAUAUGUUGCCAAAUGGGUUGAGGAAAGUACUGAUACACAAUGUUAAGGAUUUGGAUAUGUUGUUGAUGCAAAAUAAAAGAUUUGCUGGUGAGGUCGCGCAUGGUGUGUCAUCAAAGAAACGAAGGUGUAUUGUAGAACGAGCACAGCAGCUCAACAUUUCGUUGACUAAUGGACACGCAAGGAUCAGAUGUGAAGAAAACGAAUGA